AAAACACCAUCAGUAGAGACGUGUGAAUUGUGAUUCUCAUUCAAUUCAAAAAACUUGAUGUUAUAUAUUCAAUUCAAAUGAGGUAUGUGUCAGACUCAUUUUAAUUCACCGUGCUUUCUUCUAAACUGUUAACCGGGAAAUUCACUCAGACCCAAUCUCUUAGCUGCAAUACUAUACAGGCUAGCUUGCUUGUCUUGUUCCUCACAGCCCUACUGAAACCAGAAAAGAUUCUCCUUUUUCUUCACUUUCAAUAUCCUUCGUCCUUUUCGUACUUCGGGCCUCUAAAUCUUCUAUCCAUAACUCCAUUUUCAAAUUUUCUCUCAUGCUUGUUUCCACAGAAUGAUUAUAAAAUCAUAGGUUAACAGAGAGUUGUUGAAUUUCCUAGUACUUCUUGUUUUCUUGAAAUACUGUUAUUAUAAAUAUAGUUGUUGAAGAAUGAAGUCUCCUUGGUUUUGAUGCUUCAUUUGUGGCAUUCUGAGCUCCAUGGUGGAAAGGAGAGGUAAUGGGUAAUGGGUGAUGAGCUUUUGCAGGAAAGGUGUUUGAGGAAAAGCGCUAAAGGCCUAAAGUAGUAUCUUUUUUGAAUGGGGGAGAAGAAGAAUAUGCCUGCAGUUUGGUUUUCUUUGAAGAGAUCUCUGCAUUGUAAGACAGAGCCAUCAGAAGUCCAUGAACCAAAGACCAAGAAACAGUUGGGCACAAUUUUGACUAGGAAAGCAGGGAGGAGGUCUGGGUGUUCAAGGUCAAUAGCAAAUCUCAGAGAUGUGAUCCAUGGGAGCAAGAGACACUUGGAAAAGCCCCCAACUUGUAGCCCAAGAUCCAUAGGGAGCAGUGACUUUCUCAACCCAAUUACCCAUGAAGUCAUUCUUAGCAAUUCUACCUGUGAGCUCAAAAUCACCAGCUUUGGUGGCCUCCAUGACGGCGGAGGAGAUGGUGGUGGCUCAUUCCUUGGUACACUAAGGCCUGGCACACCUGGCCCUGGUGGACAUCCUACAAUGCAUUACUUUAACUCUUCCUAUAGGAACCCACCACCAGCAAGUCCUCCAAGGAGAACCUCUGCACUUCUGGGAGAAAAAGAAUUUGCUUCAAAACCUUGUAGGGCUUCCUCUGAGACAGAUAGCAAUGGGUGUUCAGUAGUCACAUGUCACAAGUGUGGUGAGCAAUUUGGGAAGUGGGAAGCUCUUGAAGCACACCAUCUCUCCAAGCAUGCAGUGACUGAACUUUUGGAGGGCGACUCGUCGAGGAAAAUUGUUGAGAUAAUCUGUAGGUCAAGCUGGGUAAAAUCAGAGAGCCAAUGCGGUCGAAUUGAGAGAGUGCUGAAAGUUCACAAUACACAGAAGACUCUUGCUAGGUUUGAAGAAUACAGGGAGAUGGUAAAGAUGAAGGCCAGUAAACUCCCCAAGAAACACCCUCGGUGCCUCGCGGAUGGCAAUGAGCUACUGAGGUUCUAUGGCACAACAGUGGCAUGCUGUCUUGGCAUGGAUGGAUGUUGCAGUCUGUGUGCAUCGGAUAAAUGCUGUGUGUGUCGAAUUAUAAGAAGUGGGUUCUCGACGAAGAAGGAACUCAAAGGUGGGAUUGGGGUUUUCACAACUUCCACAAGUGGGAGAGCCUUUGAAUGUAUAGAGAUGCAUGGAGAUGAUCUGUCUCACAGCCAAAGCCAAAGGAAAGCCAUGAUAGUGUGCAGAGUGAUAGCAGGUCGAGUGCAUAGGCCUCUGGAGAACAUACAAGAAAUGGCUGGCCAGACAGGUUUUGAUUCACUGGCUGGGAAAGUAGGCCUCUAUUCAAAUAUAGAGGAACUUUAUUUGCUUAAUCCUAGAGCCCUCCUUCCUUGUUUUGUGGUGAUCUGCAAGUCUUGAAGAGAUGAAAUACACCCAAUCCAAUGCUUUUUGACUUUUGACUUGGCUUACAUGAAUGCUUCUCAAGUAAUUUGAUUUCAUUCUUAGGUUAGGACCUGCAGCGAGUCUGAAUUAGUCUCAGAAUGAUGGAGAUACCGGAUGUAACAUGCAAAAGAAACAAAGAACUUCUAUUGCAAUAUUGAAAUCUGGCAAGGUUGAUAUA